AUGGAAGACGACGGGUUUGGUGGACGAAGAAGACGCGCGUCUCCUUCUUCUCCCGCAUCGACGAAGAAAAAGAAGAAGAAGAAAACUUCGUCGUCGUCGUCGUCGCUCCUCCCACUCCUUCUCCGCAUCUUCUUCCUCUUCAUUUUCGGCGUCGUCGUCCUUUUCGGCGUCGUCCCCGCGCUUUUGACAAAAAAUCGAUUACUGUCGUCGAAAUCGUUUUCGAAUCCUUUCAUAAACCACCACCAAAACAAUGAUUUCGUUCCCGAACUUACCUGCGGAGCAAAAGUGGUAGAAAACAUCAACGAGGAAUACUUACACGACGUGUUGACCGAGUUGAGCAAUCAAACGUUUUUUAGACUCUUUCGCGUGGAUUUGACGAGAGAGUGUAAGUUUUGGCAAAAUUGGCAAAAUGGAAUUAAAGGAGGAGGAAAAGAGGGGAAGGAAGAGGAGGAAGGGUCGUGUUCGGCCCCUCCUGCUUCGUUUGGGAAUGGUAAAGCGAAACCGAGCGAAGAUGGGUUAUAUUUUGAAGAGAGUAACGAUAAGAAGGAGGUCAAUGCGGACGUUCUUCCGAAGACGACGAUGUGUUCGCUCUCGACCGAACCGGCCGGGUUCGACGAUAUCUUCGGAAGUAGUAGUAGUAGUAGUAGUGCUAGUAGUAGUAAAGCGUCCAUUCCUCGAGCGCCGUUUUCAGAUCCAGUGGAUACGACCAUUACGAGUAAAGAAGAUAAAACGACGUCUUUUAUCGACGAGGAAGAUUGUUCGAAGAAUCAAACCAGCCCAAAGUUUUGGUUGGAUAUCUGUACCGCGCCAGAGAACAAGGAUACUAGAAAAAAAAUAGAAGAAGAGGAAGAGGAACAUUCUUCGUACGUAAACUUACGACUGAACCCAGAGCGAUGGACGGGGUAUAACGGAUCGCACGUUUGGAAGGCGAUUUACGAGGAAAACUGUUUGAAAGGAGAAAAGAAAGAAGACGGUUUGUGUUAUGAAGAGCGCGUUUUGUAUCGGUUACUCUCUGGGAUGCACGCGAGCGUCAACAUUCACGUAGCGUUACACGCGAAUCCGCCGCAAAGCGAAGAUGAAGAGUGGCUUCCCGAUCCUGCGAGAUUUGCGCAGCUAUUUGAGAACCAUCCCGAACGCCUAAAGAAUUUACACUUUUCUUUCGUCGUCAUGUUGAGAGCUUUGCGGAAAGCGACGCCGGCUUUAGCAAAAUUCCCGACCGAUUUAGGCCAGGACACGAUUGAGGACGAGAAGACGAGGCAGCUGAAAAUGAAGCUACUGGAUUCGCCGCAAGUUUUAGGGAAGUCAUGCGAAGAACUUUUUAACGCCUUUGACGAAGCGCGUUUGUUUAACGACGUUGGAGUCGCCAGCGAAGUGCUCGUGAAUAGUGGCGGUAGCGAUAAAAUGCAGUUCAAGGACAUUUUUCGAAAUAUCACCGAAGUCAUCGAUUGCGUGGCGUGUCAGAAAUGCAGAUUACACGGAAAGUUGCAGAUUCUUGGCAUUGGAACUGCGUUGAAAAUCUUGCUCUUACCUGAAGAGGUGCUCAUGAACGAAGAUGUCAUCACAAGAUCGGAAUUUGUCGCGAUGAUCAACACAAUAGCGAAAUUCUCGAGGGCUCUGAUGGCGUCGUCGCAUUUCGCAAAGACCAAAAAUCUUGUACUAUGA